AUGCCACGUAAGCUACGUAAGAAUAUACGUAAGAGGAAGAGAGCAUUGAAACAUCCAAUAGUAAGACUGACACCACAACAACAGUUGCAACAACAAAUGCUGAAUGACCCCACUAUGUUGCAACAAAUGUCAAGCAAUCCUAUGCUUUUAAACCGAGUUGUUGGUGCACAGAGUGGAGGUUUAAGAGCGGCACUUUUAGCGAAAAUGGCAGGCUAUGGUGGAGCUGCAGACGGAACAGCUUAUAACCCUCAAAGUCAAAUGAAUUUGAGUUCACUCAAAAAUCAAAUAACAGAUGUCAAAAAGUCAAACAUAGACAUACAGAAACAAAUAAGUGAAAACGAAAAGAAACUAGAAUAUGACAGACACACAAAGAAACUCAAUGAGUUAAACGUAGAGAAAAAGAAGAAAGAAGAACAACUGAAAGAACUAAGUACAGAGGAAUAUGCGAAAAAAGUGUCAGAAAAAGCAGCAGAAGUAGCAAAAAUGGAACAAGAUGUCAUAAAUUUGAAAAACCAUACUACUCAAUAUAAAAUACUGAAAGAUGAAGAGAU